AUGGCAACAACAAAACGAAAACGCACCACUAACCCCGAAGAUACUGACGACCACGACACAACCACCUCUCUUCGAGAAUCCAAACGAUUCGCCUGGCUCAAACCACAAGUGAAAAACGUCUCAAAACACACCAUCAAAUCGAAAUGGUCUUCUCUUCCAGAACCAGCACAGGGGAAAGUUCGGGAACUGUUUAGAUCGUUGGAGAGGCCUGUUAUUGUGCGACAACGUGAUGAGAGGAAGAGGAUUGAAGCGCAGGUAGCGCUAGGAGGGGUUGUGAAGACAUUGGAACGUCGAUUACCGCGCAUGCCCUUCCCACCGCUUACGAAAGAUGCUGUUUUUGAUCAUGAGUCUGUGCUGAAUGAGCAUCGUGUGUUGGAGACUCAAUUAUCGACGACCAGAAACACAGUCGAUCUAUUGAAAAUGGAAAUCGAGCGCGAAGAAGCCCUUUUGGCCAAGGAGCUGAAAUACGUCGAAGAAAUGGAGAAGAAUGCGAAAAAGGCGGAGAUUGAACGGCGACGGCAGAUGAAGAAUGAACACCCUGUUCUACGACAUAUUGAUGUACAGAACUCUACGAGCGAAACAGUAUCGUCCGCGCCGUUUGUGAUUAUUGAUCGUUCCAAGGAUCAGGCUACGCUAUGCGAGAUGGAACCAGAUCGCGAGAUUCAGUCGAUAGUCACGCAACUAAAUGGACAUCUCAACUCGAUGCAAAAUAAUGUCGCGCCCUUUGCUGCAUUGCGAGAGGCUAUUGCCGAGGCACAGGCGGCUUUGGAUUUUUUGCCUCUUCCGGAUUGA